AUGGAGAAAGCCACCAACAUUUUUUUCUUCUUGUUUCACUUGGUUGUGGCUAGUAUUGCCAUGACUCACACCAAUAUUACCAAUGAUCAAUUAGCUCUUCUUUCUUUAAAAUCCCAAAUCAUUUCUGACCCCUUUCACUUGUUGGAUGAAAGUUGGUCUCCAACUACUUCUGUCUGCUAUUGGGUUGGCAUUACUUGUUCUUCCCACCAUCGAGUGACGAUGCUGAAUAUUUCCAACAUGGCUCUUACAGGCAAAAUUCCUCCUGAUUUCGGGAAUCUCACAUUUCUUGUUUCUCUUGACUUGAGUGGCAACAAUUUCUAUGGAAAUUUGCCUCAAGAAAUGGCACGUCUACGUCGGUUAAGGUUUGUUAUGCUUGGUUUUAACAACUUCAGUGGGGAGGUUCCUUCAUGGUUCGGGGUCUUACACCAACUUCAAGUUCUGAAUAUAAGGAAUAAUAGUUUUAGUGGUUCCAUUCCCUCUUCAAUUUCUAAUAUCUCUACGCUUCAAACUUUGGAUUUGACAUACACCUCCUUAGGGGGCCAAAUGCCAAAAGAAAUUGGAAAUCUUCAAAAUCUAAGGGUUUUACGAAUAUCUGGUAACAAUCUUAUAGGUUCUAUCCCUCUGUCUCUCUCAAAUGCCACAAGGUUGAUGACUUUAGAACUUUCUGUCAAUUACCUUGAAGGAAACAUCCCCAAAGAGAUUGGAGAACUUCAAAACCUAAAAGUUUUGGCAAUACAAGCUAAUCAACUUAUAGGUUCUAUACCAUUCUCGAUCUUCAACAUUUCCGGAAUUAAAGUCAUUGGAUUUUCAUAUAAUACCUUAUCAGGAGAUCUUCCUACUGAUAUGUGUGAUCGACUUCCAAUGCUGAAAGUGCUUUAUCUAGGUUUCAACGAGCUACACGGUCAUAUGCCUCUAAGCUUGGCAAACUGUUCAAAACUUCAAACCUUUGUUUUAUCUGAUAACAAGUUUGAUGGACCCAUACAUAGUGAAAUUGGACAUUUAAGUAAUUUGCAGGAUUUGUCUCUCGAAAAUAACCAUUUUGAAGGGAGAAUUCCACAAGAAAUCGGGAAUCUUGAUAAUUUGGUGUCCAUAAAUCUUAUGGCAAACCAGAUUACCGAUUGUAUCCCAAUCUCCAUAUUCAAUAUCUCGUCACUACAGUUUCUCUCAUUGGAUGACAACAAUCUCCUUGGGCCCUUGCCAGGGGAGGUUGGCAACUUGACCAAAUUGCAGUAUCUACUUCUUAAUGAAAAUAUGCUUACAGGUGAAAUACCGAAAGAGGUAAGCAAUCUCAUUGACUUGGCUGAAAUGGGGUUGGGUUUCAACAAGUUUACUGGUUCACUUCCAAUAGAGAUCUUCAACAUAUCAGGGAUAGAAACAAUUCAACUUACUUCCAAUAAUCUGACAGGAACCCUACCAUUAAACAUGGGUUCUACGUUACCUAACAUUGAAGUUCUUUAUCUAGGUCGUUUAAAUCUUUUUGGGACUAUACCUCAUUCUCUCUUCAAUUGUUCCAAACUCACUCAUCUAGACCUUGCUGUAAACAGACUCACCGUUUCUAUAGGAAACCUUUCCAGUGCUUCUCCUCUAUGGUUUAGAGCUUUUGAAUGUGGAAUUAAAGGGGAAAUUCCUAAAGGAAUUGGGAACUUAAGCAGCUUAGUAGACCUCGACCUUUCUGGAAAUGGCAUAACUGGAUCGAUUCCCGCAACAAUUAGAAAUUUGAGAUUCCUUCAGCGCUUUAAGUUGAGUCAAAACAAACUUUCUGGAUCUAUUGGAGAAGAUCUAUGUAAAUUGCAGAACUUAGGCUAUUUACACUUGACUCAAAAUAAACUUUCAGGAUCUAUUCCUAAUUGUUUGGGGAACUUAACUUUCCUUCAAGAGAUAUUUCUAGGUUCCAACAAAUUGUAUUUGAACGUACCAGCAGGCUUAGGGAACCUCAAAAAUCUCUUGAGGCUAGACUUAUCCUCAAACAACUUGGGUGGCUCAUUACCUCUGGAGAUUGGAAACCUAAAGGCUGCCGUAUAUAUGGAUCUAUCAAUGAAUGCACUCUCAAAUGGCAUACCCGGAGAAAUUGGUGGCUUGCAGAAUCUAAUACACCUUUCUUUGAGAGAUAACAAGUUGCAAGGAUCAAUACCUGGCUCAAUGACCAGCAUGUCAGCUUUGGAAUUUCUAGACCUUUCUCAGAACAAUGUCUCAGGAUUAAUUCCCAAGUCUAUGGAGAAGCUACAAAAUCUCAAGUAUUUCAACGUUUCAUUCAACAAGUUGGUUGGUGAAAUCCCCACUGGCGGUCCUUUCAAGAACCUCUCCAGUCGGUCAUUCAUGUCCAAUGAAGCAUUGUGUGGUUCUAUAAGAUUUCGUGUUCCGCAUUGCAACAAUAGUACUUCAAAACAUAGAUCCAAGAGGAAAAAGGUACUUCUAUUUCUACUAGCUGGAGUACUAGUUGUAUUAAUUCCUAUCGUCUUUCUGCUUGUAUGGAUAAGGUAUAUAAAAGGUAAAAGAAAGCAAGCAGUUGACUCAUCCUUUGUCAUCUCAACCAGAGAAAGAAUUUCAUACUAUGAAUUGCUCCGAGCAACUGAUUCACUCAGUGAGAGUAAUUUGGUUGGUUCUGGGAGUUUCGGCUCUGUUUACAAAGGAAUCCUCAGAGAUGGGACUCCUAUUGCAGCUAAAGUUUUCAAUCUGCAAUUGCAAGCGGCAUUUAAGAGCUUUGAUACAGAAUGUCAAGUUUUGCGCAACCUCCGUCAUAGGAAUCUCACCAAAGUCAUAACUAGUUGUUCCAACCUUGAAUUUAAGGCUUUGGUACUUGAGUACAUGUCCAAUGGGAGCCUCGAUAAGUGGUUAUAUUCGCACAACUACUCCUUAGACAUUAACCAUCGACUAAGUAUAGUGAUAGAUGUGGCAUGUGCGUUGGAGUAUCUCCACCAUGGCUGCUCAUUGCCCGUGAUUCACUGUGAUUUGAAGCCUAGUAACAUCUUGUUGGAUGAGGAUAUGGUUGCCCACAUAAGUGAUUUUGGCAUUUCAAAACUGCUUUCUGAUGAUGAGAGUGCUUCAUACACUAAAACUCUAGCAACAUUGGGCUAUAUUGCACCAGAGUAUGGAUUGGAGGGAUUGGUGUCAACAAAAUGCGAUGUUUAUAGUUAUGGCAUCAUGUUGAUGGAAACAUUUACACGCACAAAGCCUAGCGAUGAAAUGUUUGAUGGAGAUUUUAGCUUGAAGCAAUGGGUGAGCAAUUCACUCCCACAGGCAAUAAUGGAAGUUAUCGAUGCCAACUUAAUAACGCCACAUGAUAAUCACUUAAUGAGAAAGAUAGAUUGUGUGGUAUCCAUCAUGAAAGUGGCAAUGGAUUGUUGUGUUGAAUCUCCUAAAGGAAGAAUUGACAUGAAAGAUGUUGUUGGGAGGUUAAAGAAGAUCAAGAUUCAACUUCUUGCAUGCUGA